UAAUUAAUUUGAUUUAAUCAUUAUUAUUGCCUAAUAUCGCCUCUCCCGCCUCUUCGACUUCUGUACUUCUAUACAUACCCCUCUCUCUCUAGAUUUCUCCCUAAUUCUUCAUUUAGGAGGGAAAACAUGCGCCUCCUUUGUUUUUGCUUUUUUCCUGUGAAAUCUGUUGUCUGAUUGUCUCUUGAUUUUCCAGAUAUACACUUUUGUUCAUCUUUUAACAUGGAGAGUGCAAAGGUGAAUGUUGAAGAUGAAGAAAUUUUGGGUGAAAUCGAUGCCCUAAAAGGCGAAAAAUCGGUUCUUGACGGUUCAAUUGCUGAAAAUUUGAAGGCUAAAAAGAGGGGUCGGCCUGAGGAGAAUCACCACGAGAAUAAGUGUGAAGUUUGUGGAGAAAGUAAUGGUCUUGGCAUGAAAACUGGAGAAUCAGAGAAAGGGAAGGCGAUAGAAGAAGAUAAAGGUAGUUUGGGAGAUGUAAAAAAAGAAACUCUUGUCUCUUCUUCCGCUGCAGAAGAAGAAACAGGGAAAGAUCUGGAAGAAGAGGAUAUAGUAAUUUUAAAAGACAAGGGGAAGAAAAAGAGCAAGGUAGAGACUGAACGGCGGUAUUCUGGGGUUAGAAAGUCGAUGAAAAUAGUUGAGGAGAGGAUUAGAAUGAACAUUGGGUUGAGUAUCAGAGAUGAUGAAGAUGAGGGGGCAUCAAAUAGGGUGAAGGGCAGAAAUAAGAAUAGCAAUGGAACUUCGCUGAAAGAGGGUGAAGUCGGAGCUGAAAUAGCCCGAAUGGAGGAUAAGAAGCGUGGAAAAAUGAGCCUGCGUGAUGAAGGCAAGGGGGAGUGUGAAGGAAAAAAGCUAAAUGGGACUGCAUCAGCAGUUGGGGAAGGGAGGGCGAUAGAAGAAGAUAAAGAUAGCUCGGAAGAAGGGGAUAUAAUAAUUUUAAGAGGAAAGGGGAAGAAAAAGCUAAAUGAGACUGAACUGCUGCAGUCUGGGUCUAGAAAGGCCAAGUUAAAGGCUGUUGAGAAGAUGCGAUUGGACUCUGUGUUGCAGCAUAUCACAGAUGAUGAAAAUAGGGGGAGGCGCAAAAGGAAGGAUGGCAAUGGAACUUCGCUGGAAGAAGAGAGAGAAUUCGGAUCUAAAAUACCCCAAAUGGAGGAUAAGAAGACUGAAAAAAGGAGUUUGCGUGAUAAAGGCAAGGGGGAGUGUGAAGGAAAAGAUCUAAAUGGGACUGCACCAAAGACCAGAGUUGGAAUGAAAAGAGAUGAGAAUGGAUUUCUGGAAUCAAAUAUGUGUCACCAAUGCCAAAGAAAUGACAAAGGAGAGGUUGUUCGGUGCACGAAAUGUAAGACGAAGCGAUAUUGUGGUCCCUGUAUAACAAACUGGUACCCUAACCUGUCAGCGGAAGCUUUGGCAGAGGCUUGUCCGGUUUGUCAACUGAACUGCAAUUGCAAAGCAUGUUUACGCAUGGAAGUUCCUGUGGAAGCUGCUGCCAAUAUUAAGGAGAAGUCGAAGUUCACAAUUGGCAACGAGCAGAAGAUUCAGUACUCUAAGUACAUUAUAAAAGAACUCCUGCCAUUUCUUGAACAGAUUAACAAAGAACAAGUGAUAGAAAAGGAGCUCGAGUCUAUGAUUCAAGGAGUAUCAGUUUCGGACACCAAAAUCAUUGAAGCGGCAAUUGAUGCAGAUGAGCGCAUUUAUUGUGACAACUGUCGAACUUCUAUUGUUGACUACCACAGAAGCUGUCCUCAGUGUUCCUUUGACCUUUGCCUUAGUUGUUGUCGAGAACUUAGGGAUGGGUGCUUGCAGGGAGGUGAAAAAGGACCAUCUUUUAAAUAUGUCGACUACGGCUUUCUUUAUCUUCAUGGUAAAGAGGAGAAAAAAACAAAGAACAGGAAUAUUUCAAAGACUGAUGGUGAUCAGAAUAUUAAGGUGGUGGAUAAUUCGAAUUCUUCAUUACAAUGGAAAGCAAAGGAAAAUGGUGUUAUUCGGUGUCCACCAAAAACCAAGGGAGGUUGUGGUGAAGAAAUUUUGGUAUUGAAGUGUUUGUUACCUGAUGAAUAUGUUUCAAAAUUGCAUGGGGGAGCAAAAGAAAUAUUUGAUGCAUACCAAACUGAAUGUGCCCCCGAAAGUCAUGAGAAUUGUUGUCCAUGUUCCAAAUUUUCGGAUGGAGAUGAUUUCAUUAACCAAAAGACAUGUAGAGCAGCCUCUCGAGAAGAUUCAAGUGACAACACUUUAUACUGUCCUUCAGCUGUAGACAUUGGCCAUGGGGAUCUAAAACAUUUCCAGUGGCAUUGGUCAAAAGGUGAGCCAGUAAUAGUUAGUAAUGUACUUGAAACUACCCUUGGCUUGAGUUGGGAACCUAUGGUUAUGUGGCGUGCCUUCCGACAGAUUAAGAACAAUGACCAUGAGACACGUCUCGAUGUGACUGCUAUUUCUUGCCUCGAUUGGUGCGAGGUUGAUGUGAAUCUUCACCAAUUUUUCAAUUGGUAUUCGAAUGCGUUUUCUGGUGCACAAUUCGACAAAGUGGGGUGGCCUCAAAUACUAAAAUUAAAAGACUGGCCCCCAUCCACCUUAUUUGAGCAGCUUUUGCCUCGCCAUGGUUUUGAAUUUAUCAGCUCCUUGCCGUUUAAAGAGUAUACACAUCCUCAAGAUGGACAUUUGAAUCUUGUGACUAAUCUUCCUCCACGGUCCAUAAAACCUGAUAUGGGACCAAAAACCUACAUAGCUUAUGGAUUUAACGAAGAGCUUGGGCGCGGGGAUUCUGUAACAAAGCUUCACUGUGAUAUGUCUGAUGCAGUUAAUAUCUUGACACAUAUCAAAGGAGUUACAAUUAAACCUGGGGAUCUUAAGAAAAUGAAAGAAGCCAAAGCUCUUCAUGAUGCCCAAGAUCUAAGAGAGAUUUUUGGAUUUGUUCCGGAGGAAAUUGGGGAAGAAGUGAACGGCACUAAGGAAAAUCCUGGCAAUCCUGACAUGGAUGUUGAGGUAGGAGUUUCAGACAUUGUUGAAAACGGCACUAAGGACGACAAAGAGAGAAACCCUAAGGAGGUCUUAGAGAAAAAAGUUUUGAAUGCAGACGAUGGCAAGAAAGACAAAAAUAAAGAGAAUUGUGAAGAUAGAGUUUUGCUGUCAAAGGAUCCUCAUGUUGAAUGUAAAGUUCACAUGGAUGUAAAUGAUGAAAUGCAACUUUCUGGAGGAAAACUGGAUGUUAACCUCGAUAUGAAUAGUGGUAGUCUUGAUGAUGAUGAUAGUGGAGCCCUUUGGGACAUCUUUAGGAAACAAGAUGUGCCUAAAUUAGAGGAGUAUCUCAAACAGCACUUCAAAGAGUUUAGACAUAUCUAUGGUAAUCUGCUUCCAGAGGUUAUCCAUCCAAUUCAUGACCAAACUAUUUACUUGACUUCAGAGCACAAAAAACGACUUAAGGAGGAAUAUGGAAUUGAACCAUGGACAUUUGUACAGAGGUUAGGCGACGCAGUCAUUAUUCCAGCAGGCUGCCCUCAUCAAGUUAGAAAUUUGAAGUCUUGCACUAAAGUCGCUCUUGAUUUUGUGUCGCCUGAAAACAUUAGCUCGUGCUUCAAACUGACGGAAGAGUUUCGUCUGCUGCCCUUGAAUCACAGGGCUAAGGAAGACAAGCUUGAGGUGAAGAAGAUGUUGCUUCAUGCAAUGAGGAGCGCUGUUGAUGAUGUAAAGGAAAAGAAUCCAUCACAGCCCACGGAGGAAGUCAAGUCAUCACAACCGACCAAUGCCAAGUCAUCCCAUAGAAAGGGACCCAAGCCAGGAAAACGUCGCAAAAGGAACUAGUGAUUAUGUUUUGGAGGCUCUUAGUUGGACAAAGUUAUAAUCGAAUCGCUGAACCGUUGAACCUGUGACGGAGAAAGACCCUUUUUUGGAAUCCAUGGCCAUCUAAUACUAUAUGCUAAUGUUAUCCUUCUUUUUUUGUCAACAUUAACGUGUUAUCUAGUGUAUUAGACUCUUAUGUACUUGAAUGGUGGAUGGCAUUUUGGGAAUAUAGUUAGUGGUCGUGUUCGUUUGCUCUA